GGUACAGAGCUCUCAGCUCAGGUAAGAGGGGAUCCUGCUCCCAUUUUCUCCUCGGCUCCUGUUUAAUGAUUAGCCCUCGGCGUGGAAUGUAACAUGGCACAACUCCUAUAAGCUGCUUUUUGGAAGAACACAAUCAAAAUGGAGACCUCACACUGCUUCAGGCAGUGGAAAAACAGCUAUGCCAUGAUCAGCAGACUCAUAUUCUUCAUGUAUGUGUUUGGAGGAACCCUAUUCUGCGCAGGAUUCCUUUUAUCGCUCUACGUGUUCCAGGCCUGUAAAGUUGGGGUCCAGAACUACUGCAGCACGAGUUUUAAAAUAACAGGACCUUCACUUGCUGUGCUGGGACUUGCUUCUAUAGUGUUAGCGAAAUCUAGAGCAAGGUUGGAGGCCACAAGAAGGCCAUUACCAGAUGGACAAGUAGACCCUGACCGCUUUUUUCUCUUUGGUGAAAGCCGCCAGUUUUUUCAGUGUUUAGUAUUUGGAGUUUUGAUUGUGACUUGUGGAAUACUUGUCAGUAUUUUGGGUUCUUGGAUACCUGGUUGUAAAGAAACAUUCCCAGAUCAAAAUGUUACUGGCACAAGUUCACACAUCAGAACCUGUGGCCUCUUGUCUAUGCAGAUAUUGGGACCUCUGAUUAUCCUGAUUGGAUUGGGUUCUUUUGUGAUGGGUCAUAUAAAGAGAAAACGUCAAAAUCAUGAGGAACCAGUUAUUGAUGAGGAGCCUCAAGCACCAGCAGAUGGCCGAUUUCAUGUUACUGUUGGUGAUACCGUUAUAAUAUUCCCAUCACCGCCGCCUCCCUAUUUUGAGGAUCCUUUAGCACCAGUUGUUGGUUCAGAUGGGGCAACUUUACCAAGUAGUGAGAAUCCACCCGCUUACAGUAGUAUUUAUAACAUAAGGACAUAUCAGAAUGAUGGUGGCAACAUCGCAGGCCAAGAUUGUACGGUAUACACGAUUCCGCUACCCAGUUACUCCAAUGAAUGUUAUUCCAAUGUGUAUUUUGAAUCGGACCCUCCACCAAAAUAUGAAGAGAAAGAUUCUGCAUUACCUGAACCCUCCACAUCACCCCCCGUUACUCCAAGGGACUCAUCUAAUCCUAAUCCUGCAGAGUCUUCAUCUAAUCCUGUACCAGAAGACACCUAGGACAAAACUGUGAACUUUUACGAGGAGUAAAAUAAAUGCCAAGUUGUAUUAAAAAUUUGCAUCUGCCAUCUCCUGGCAGGGGUGGCAUCCAUGUAAUUGCCUUUAGUAUGAACUGUACCUGUAUAUGUGACUCCUCAUGGGCUACACGUGAAGCUUAAUAAUCAUAUUGAAGCCUCAUGCACAUGGGUGUAUUUGUAUCAAUCCGACUGCAAGAGACUAUAUCAUACUCCAUUGGAUGCCAUAUUGCAGAGCAAUUCUGCCCUAUGAGAUCUGCCACCAAAGAAGAAGCUGUGUUGCUCGAAGCACUCACUAUGUGGUGGCACAUAUUGGGAGCUUUUUGUGCCACCAUAAAGCCAAGCCCAAGUACACAUGGUUCUGCCAUGUGCAUACAACACUGUGUUAAGUCUAGUAUACGGCUUCAAAGGGCAGUGCAUGACUUCGCCUUUUGGCGUCAUCAGACAGCACUAUGCAUAACAAUGUAUGCAGUUUUUGUUUUUCCCUAGAGAGUUCCUUUAAACAAAACUCCUAAAUCAUACACAAGCAAAAGGAUUAAAGUGGUUGUCCUGGAUUACGAAAACAUGGCUGCUUUUUUUUUUUUUUUUAAUAAAAACAGUGCCACGCCUACCCACAGGUUGUGUGUGGUAUUGCAGCUCAGUCCCACUUACUUCAACAGAACCAGUCUGCAAUACCACAUACAACGCAUGUUAUUCUAGUCCAGGGCAACCGGUUUUGUCCCCACUUGUCUUGUGUACAAUUUCAUGUCCAGUAUCUGGACAAUGUGCAGAAGAUAAAUUAAUAAAAAGCUUACCGGUAGAUUUAGAUCAGUUCUAUGUAAACUACAUGUCUUUAGGAAUCUAAUGUAUUACUGUGAGUCCAUCCUACUAUGCUUUCUUUUAAUCCUAAACCGGCGUUAACGCCUUCCAAAUAAUUAUUUUUUUAAGUUAAUUUUAAAAUUUCUAUAUUCUUAUUCCUGUGCAGAUAUUUACUGAAUGAAAUGUGUAACAGAUAUUUUUUUUCAAAAAAUGCAUAGAAAACUUGAA